AUCUUUGGUGCCAGAACAAGCAUGGUAGCAUUUAGUUGUGGCUAGAGUGUUCUUAGACCUAAAACGUGUAUAAUUGAGAAGACGUGCGUUUUUAUCAAAAUUUCGUUGUCGAUUUUCUGUUUUUUAUCUUCGCUAAUUAUAUAUUGUUUUACAAAAAUGCUGUUGCAGCGGAAUUUAUCAUAACAGUUUAGUGGUUAGGUUUUGAAUCAUUCAUGGAUUGAGAAGGAAGAUAUGAAGGCAAGUCUUACAGUCUUGCUGUAGAAUUGCUGAGAACAUCAGGAUGUUUUAAAGCCCUGAACUAUGAGAUUAGAAAACGUAAAUUAAUAUCUGUCUGGGGCUUAAUUAAAGUGACGAUAUUUAGCUGUAACUUAAGAAACAAUUCCACAAAAUGUAUGAUUCUCCAAGAUCACUACAAGAAGCCUGUGUGGACUUCAUAUGUGAAAAUAUAGAAGCAUUGUGUGAGGUUACACCAGUGUUUCAACAGUCAGAAUAUCCGUGUUUAGUCUCAGGUAGCCGCCUCACAUUCAAGGAGGGUGAAGUGUAUUUUCAUACUGAGUUAUCAGAGAAGUUGCUGACGGCACUGAGUGAGAAGGGUAGACUCUCUGAUUUGACAAUGACAUUAUUUGAUUCCAGCACCUCCAGACUCAGGCAUGUGCAGUUACGGAAUGCACGCAUGCUCACAGCCAGAGGAUUACGUGUCCUGAAGGGACACAAGAUCCUGCACCUGGAGGCUACAGGGAUGAAGGUGACUGUGAAUGACCUAAUUGGUUGUCUUGGAGAAUGGACUAUGCAAAACCUGCGUUCCCUUAAUGUAGCUCGUAGUACUUUUAUGGAUGGAUCCAGGUACUGUGUUGUGGUAGCACUGUCUAAACUACGCAGUCUGCACAGCCUGAAUGUGAGCUGUACAGAAUUCAACAGGCAUGGACUGGAGAUUAUAGCUGAGGAUCUUCCACAACUUGAGAGUUUGGAUAUUUCAUGUACUAGGGUAGACGACAUAAGCCCGUUACGCAAGUGUCGUGAUCGUCUCAAGUCUCUCACUAUGUAUAACCUUAAAGUUUCAGCAGUUGAGAAUGUGGUGCCUGUCCUCAUAGAACUGCAUCAGCUUCGAGUGCUGGAUAUAUCUGAUGAGAAGGAAGCACACCCAUUUGAUAUGUUACAGCCAUCACGGACACACAUUGCUGAGUUCCUCAAGGUAGAAGUCUCUAUGAGGCAUCUCACUAUUUUAGAUAUCUCUGGAAAAGAUGAAAUCAGCAUAUCAACUCUCAGGAGUUUCUUAGAAUGUCACAGACAGCUGACAUUUUUGGGGUUGAUUCAUUCUGAGGCAUGCUAUGAUGAAAUCUUUGUGAAUCCUCAUCAUCCAGAUUUCAACCCUAAUCUUGUGGUAACUGGUAUUGCCACUGAGAGUCAACUGUUGGAAGCCCUGCAACGUUACACUCAUCGGCCAAUCUACAUACAAAAAUGUUUGUAUAAUCUAUUCAGAUUGACACCCAACUUUGGUGAUGCCCGUGUGGAUGUUAUUCAGUUAGUUCUGACUGGAAUGCAGGCACACCCUGGGCUCUUUGGUGUACAGAUGGCAGCUACAGCUUGCUUAUAUAACCUGACAAAAGGGGAGUUGGCCCAAAAAAUUCAUCCCAAGAUUCUGAAACAGAUUGUAGAACUCACACUCACUGUAAUGGAGAACUUUCCAAAUCAUUACCAGCUUCAGAAGAAUACUUUACUCACACUGUGCAGUGACAGGAUACUGCAGGAUGUGGCAUUUGAUAAAUACCGCUGUGCUCGAUUGGUUAUGGAUUGUCUGUGUGCCUUUGAUGAUCCUUCCAUGAUUCGCAUGAGUGUUGCAAUUUGCAGCAUUCUUGCGGCAAAAAUCUCAACAAGCGAGACAUCACUGCUUGGGUCACAACAACAGUAUAUGCGCAAGCUUCUGUCUAUUGUCAGAUCCAAGAUGCAGACGGGCAGUGUGGACAUAACUAUUAAAUUCACACUUAGUGCACUGUGGAAUUUGACAGAUGAGUCUCCCACAACAUGUAGUGUUUUUUUAGAGGAAGGAGGCAUGCAUUUGUUCUUGGAAGUGUUGAUGACAUUUCAGGAUGAAUGUACAAUAGAAACAAAGGUGUUAGGCCUCAUAAAUAAUAUAGCAGAAGUAUCAAAGUUGCGGCCACAUCUGAUGGUGCCAGAAUUUAUGACCAGGCUGAGGAUUCUGCUUCAUUCUUGCCACAUCGAUGUGAGCUAUUUUGCUGCGGGCAUCAUUGCACAUAUAGCGAGUGAUGGUGCUGUCAGUUGGGUGGUUGAUGUAGUAACAAGGCAACAGCUGUUACAGGAGUUGGGUGAAGUGGUUGUAAACUGGGAGACACCAGAGGGUGAGAUGGUUGCAUAUCGUUCAUUUCGACCAUUCUUUCCACUGCUGACUUUUCAUGGGGCUUUCCAGGUGCAGUUAUGGGCAGUUUGGGCCAUUCAGCAUGUCUGUACUAAAAAUGCAAAGCGGUACUGCCCAAUGCUGAUGGAAGGAGGAGGCAGUCUGAUCCUACACCAUCUGCAUGACAAUACUGAGGUGAAUCCCAAUGUCAGAGCCAUUUGUCAAAGUAUCCUUGAUGUCCUGGCAGCACAGCAGUAUAGUCCAGAAUUCUUGUAGCAAUGGAUAACGUAAUAUUUACACCUAGUGUGGAAGAGUGAAUCAUUACAUAGAAUGUCACCAUGUUUGUAAUACGUAUUACUAAAAUGUGAUUCAGAUAAUACAGAUAUCAUAAAAGUGAACAUGAAAUGUGUUUAAACUGGGAGUGAAAUAUGAACCUUAUUCAGUAAAUCAGUGUCAGAUACAAAAAUGGUAGGGUUCAAUUAAAUAUGAAAAUAAUAUGAUUGUGGCAUGGUUCCAACAGCAUAUUGAAUUUUAACCAAGUAAGCUAUAGCAGUGAUAUGAUAAAAAGUGUGGUAUGUAUGUAUACUUUGUUAGGGCUGCUUUGAAUUUAAAUUAUUUCUUGCUAUAGUAUUGUUUCAUUCUGAUGAUUCUAAACUUCUGUGUAAUUGUUAUGAUGAACAGUGCAUCUUACCUGUACCAACUACAGUUACCACUUCUGUAUAAACAAAUUCAAGUCAUAUGUCACAGGUAACAUGGUGCAAUUUUUUAGGAACAUUCAACAUCUAUUUAAAUCUGCUACAUAUAUAUCUGAUUAAAUUAAUUCAAACUAAAAGUCAUGUGUUGGGGACUGUGAUACUUGGCCCUUUCUUAGCUGUUUUUAUAUUGAUUAUAUUACUUCACUUUGACAUUUUAAAGCAUAAAGUCUCCUUUAUUUCCAUAUUUAUUUUCAUUGUAACAUCAUUACUUAUAGUGAGAUGCCAGAAGCAGCUUAAGAGGACAAAAAAUUGGACAGUAAUGGCCAUAAUUGAGCAUCUUUUGUGCAACUAAAGAAGUAAGAAUUUGAUAAAAUGUAAUGAAAUUUGUGACUGUAGCUAAAUAUUCAUGAUGCUGAUUUAUUCUGUCUUCUAGUUCAACUGAAUAACAAGUUUUAUAUUAAGCAGUAUUAAGGAGGAAAUGUUUUUAAAGAAUUGCUAAAAGAUUAAAAAAUUAUGAACACACAG